UAAUUAUUCUUUGUGAGGUGUUGUCAAAAGCCAGACGGCUAGUGACGCGGCCUGGAUUCUCCAACGUUGCCAAAGAAGAUAAGACCUCCCAAGGCAUGCUGUGCUCACAGAGCCAGGGUGCUGACUUGUGCGGGGCAUCAUCAUCAUCAUCAACAACAUCAUCAUCAACAUCCUCAUCCUCAUCCUCAUCCUCUCACACCCCCUGGGCACCCUCGCAGCCCCUUGUGCAGGCUACCAGCUGUCUCAGCUUGUCGCUUCUGGCCAUGGACUCGGUGACCGUCUAUCACGGGAAGAUCAGCAGAGAGACCGGGGAGAAGUUGCUGCUUGCCACGGGCCUGGAUGGCAGCUACUUGCUGCGGGACAGUGAGAGCAUGCCUGGCGUCUACUGCCUCUGUGUGCUGUAUCAAGGUUACAUUUAUACCUACCGAGUGUCCCAGUCAGAAACAGGUUCUUGGAGUGCUGAGACGGCACCUGGGGUACAAAAAAGAUUAUUCCGGAAAAUAAAAAAUCUCAUUUCAGCAUUUCAGAAGCCAGAUCAAGGCAUUGUAAUACCUUUACAGUAUCCAGUAGAAAAGAAACCUUCGCCCAGAAAUGUACAAGGGAGAAGAGAAGACCCUGAUGUCUACAUGAAAGCACCAUGAAAACACAUUUAUUUCAGAUAAUUUAAAUAGGCCUUUAGGUGUUUUCUCUUGUAUAUAACCCCACAACUUUGUAUAUUGUAGAUAAAAUUAAGUGAUGAACAAA